GAACUCCAAGCGAAUGGAAAUCAGUGAAUGUAAUAAAUAUAAUCAUAAAUGGCGGACGUUGAACGCUCAUAAGGAUUGGCCAUUAUAUUCGUUUAAAUCCGUUUCAAUACAUAUUACGUAACAAGAUUCACCCCAUUUUUUUAUGUGUUGAUUAAUAAAAGUGCACCUUAAUAUCAUAAUUGAUACUUUUGCAAAAAAUACAUUUUGUAAGUACGAGAGGAUUAAUCAGACUUAAGGACUGGGAGCCCUUGCAAGUUGCAAUAUUUACACAUGUCCAGCAAAGAAAUAGAAAUAGAAGAGGAGGAUGAUUACGAUAGAAGAAUAAAUAAUUCAGGUUGUGCAGUAUAUCAUUAUGCCUUACAAGAUUGUUAUGCCAAAAAUAAAGAUUGGAGAAAAUGUACCAAAGAGAUGGCUGAAUUUAAGAAAUGUUUUGAGGAAAAUAAAGAGAACCAAACUACUUCUUUGCGAGGAACAGCACUUAAAUCAGCAGAAAACACGAAAACAUACGUUGAAGACUGAAACAUACGACAAAUGAUACUCUAGAUAAUAAAAUCGUAGCAUUGAUAAUCUUCAAAACAAGCACCUUUUCAUCAUUCUUGUUGUUAAAGCUAACAGUGAAUAGUACAAUAUAGUAAUAAUGAUGCAAAAUAAAA